AUGGGAAGAUGGGUUUUGGCCUAUGAUCGAGUGGAGAGGGGGGGAGGGAGCCAAUGGGAGAAGAGGUUGUGGUGUGUUUUGUUCUGGAGGUUGGGCACACACUAUCGAUUUUUAGGCGGUUUGGUCAAUUGGGUUGAUGCGCGGGAUGUUCGUCAACUGGAUACGCGUGGAAGUCGCAGUCCCGGCUUUGUCGAUACGUUCGACUUGUUCCUUGCCAUACCACGCACAGAAUGCUACUACGCGAUCGAAGGAAGCCUGUUGGAAAUCUCAUCACACGGCGCUCGUAACGCGUCGUCAUCAUUGCCGCAACGACAGCAUGUUCCGGUUUCGAGUGCAGAGCAAUACGUACUGCAAAAGUCAGUGAUCAACUGCACGAUCGCUACGUGGGUCUUGCCAUCCAGCAAGACCCUAAGCGGCGUCGCUACAGUCUUGUCUGUUUGGUAUACAUCCGAGAUCGAUCUCAAAGAUUAUGGUGCACUGUGUGUACAUAAGUUGUCUACUGCAGAUGCAAGCCACGACCUCAUUGAAGGUUAUCUCCGUCACGUGCUUGUGAAGCGCGUGACAGUGUGCCUUGUUCAGAAUCGCGUGACUGCUGGUUUGCUGGAUGGCUGA